AUGCGGAUAAAUACCAAGUUAAAACAAGUUUUUGGAAUUCAAACUCCUUUAAGCAUGGGCCCAAGUGCGAACAGAGGAAUCUCUAUCAAAUAUCCAAAUUAUCUGGAGGGUAGAGUCAUGGGAAGUAAUAGAUCAAGUUUGUUUUUAUCAAUGGUCCAAUCAAUAAAUCGAAUCAACAAUGCUCAAUUGAGAAAUAACAAUGCCCAAUCACAAAGACCUCACAACAUUGGUGGUCCUCAAGAUGCUGGUAACCUACUUCAUAGAAUCCCAAAUGCUGCUCUAAGGCCUCAAAACAGCACAAAUCCAUCUAUCGAUACUUUCGAUGCCGAUCAACAACAUAUUGACCUAUUUAGAGGUAUUUCAUUCACUGAAGUGCAAGUUGUAGAAAAUUCAGAAAAUCCACCACCGCUGAUCGACCAAUUUUUUUCAGGGUACUCUUUUCCAUAA